AUGAGGGUCGUCUCGUGGCGCCUGAGCCUCGGCCGCGUCGAGUCGGCGCACCACUACGCCGGCGUCCUCGUCCCCCUCGAGGAGGCGCACCUGUACAGCCAUUCCGCGCCGCGGCGGCAUGCUCGCCCUGCUGCCGGCACUGACAUUGUCCUCGACAAGGAGGAGGCCGAUGGCGGCGAGGGCCAGGGCAUGCUCGACGACGAGGGCGAGUACUCCAUACGGGGCCUGCGCAAGGAAACGAGGGCCGGCGCGUGCAGCGGCGGACAGCGGUGGACGGAAUACGAGAUCAAGUCGAAGCUCAUCAACAAGGCCAUCCAGGACAUUGGCAUGGGCCCGUACAACUGGCACCUGUUUGUCCUGUGCGGCUUCGGCUGGUUUGCGGAUAAUCUAUGGCUGCAGGGCGUCUCCCUCUGCCUGCCCUCGCUCUCGGCCGAGUUCGACCUCUCGGAAAAGACGGUGCGCUACACCACGAGCGCCCUCUUCGUCGGCCUCUCCGCCGGCAGCUUCCUGUGGGGCAUCGGCUCCGACUUCCUCGGCCGCCGCCCGGCCUUCAACCUGACGCUGCUCAUCACCAGCCUGCUCGGCAUCGCCGCCGCCUACGCCCGCUCCUGGGCCGCCGUCUGCCUCUGCCUCGCCGGCGCCGGCUUCGGCGUCGGCGGCAACCUGCCCGUCGACGGCGCCCUGUUCCUCGAGUUCCUGCCGGACGCCUCGAGCGCCUUGCUCACCCUGCUCUCUGUCUGGUGGCCCGUCGAGCAGGGCUGGCGCUACUUCAUCGUCGUCAUCGGCGUCCUCACCUUUGCCAUGUUUGUCGUCCGCUGCUUCUGCUUCCACCUCUUCGAGUCGCCCAAGUUCCUCCUCAACCGCGGCCGCCAGGCCGAGGCCGUCGCCGUCGUCCACGGCAUCGCCCACCGCAACGGCACCAAGACGUGGCUCACCUCGGCCAUUCUCGACCGGGUUGCCGCAGACGAUGACGACGACGACGACGACCAAGACCCCGUCCACGCCGCGCUCGCCAUCCCCCGAGCCCCGGCCGUCUCCGGCGCACAGGUCCUGCGGGAAAAGCUAAAAGACCUAUCGGGCCAGCGCCUCCGCCCCCUGUUCCGCACGCGAACGCUCGGCCUGGCCACGGCCCUCGUCUGGUUCUGCUGGGCCAGCAUCGGCAUGGGCUACCCGCUCUUCAACGCCUUUCUGCCCCAGUACUUUUCCCACGCCCACGGCCCCGGCGCCGCGGUGCAGUCGGAAACGGCCCCCAUCUCGCGCGAGGCGUACCGCAACUACGCCAUCACCUCGGUCGUCGGCGUCCCCGGCAGCCUGCUGGCCGCCUACCUCGUCGACCACCCGUCGCCGCUGCUCGGCCGCCGCGGCACCCUCGCCGGCUCGACCCUGCUGUCGGCCGUCUUCCUCUUCCUCUUCGUCACCCUCGGCACCACGCCCGCCGCCCAGCUUGCCUUUUCGUGCGUCGAGGCCUUUGCCCAGAACAUCAUGUACGGCGUCCUCUACGCCUUCACCCCCGAGCUCUUCCCCACGCCCGUCCGCGGCGCCGGCACCGGCGUCGCGAGCUUCCUCAAUCGCCUGACGGGCUUAAUGGCCCCGGUCUUGGCCGCCAACAUGCCGGGCGACGGAGCGACGACGCCCAUCUACAUGUCGGCCACGCUGAUUCUGUCUGCCUUUGUCGGCAUGUGCCUGAUUCCCAUUGAGACGAGAGGGGCGCAGAGGCUUUGA